GCGGCGUUGCUAUGGCGAAGCCGCUGCCGGCGCGGUGCGCCGCGGCACGGGGCGAGAAGGGCGGGCGGCUGGUGGCGUUACCCGGCAUGGCCGCGGCCUUCCCGGGGCACAGACCGCAGUUAUACCGCUGGCGGCGGCGCUGCACCGCCGGGGACGGGCCGGAGAGAGUGGAUCAAGCCUCUGAGUAUGCUGUCUCUGAAGCUUUUUCCCUUCAGAAGUCAAGGUAUCCACAGGGGUCUUGUGGUCCUGUGACAAGUUUGGAAACCAUGGAACAGCUGCAAGAUCAUGAGGAGGCCUGUGAGGAAGCCCAAGAGUUUCUCAGCAACUGGAUGAAGUCCAAACUGCAACUGGAGAUGACGAGCAAUGGCAAAGAGGAAGCUGACUCUCUUCUCCUGGAAAAGCCUUCUGCAGCCCCUCUGAAGUAUGACCGGUUUGAUGACUUGUGCAGCUAUCUGGAACAUGAAUUGGAAAGUUCUUCUGCCCAAGAUUACCAACGGUAUCUUUUGCAGAGCGAAGUUGUGAACUGUGGUAUAGUGAAACGCCUUAGACUUGAAGAUAUCAAGGAAAAGAAAAAGCUUGCAGAUCCGCGAAUAGCCAUGGAGCUCAGACACAAGCAGGUGAAAGAAAAACGAAUGAGGCAUCAGAAGGCAUUAGAGCUUAAGAGACAAGAAGAGUCCCUGAAGAAAUUGGCUCUGUCUGAGGCCAGGCUCCAAGCACAGGAGGAGGACAGAAGGAAGGCCCUGAAGGCCAAGAAGGAGGAAGAGGAGAUCCAGAGGGAAAGGGUGAAGCUGCGAAAGGAAAUGGCUGAGAAGAGGCGAAUCAUGGCAGAAGCACGGAGAACGGAAGGUAAGAGCCUAGAAAAAAGUCAGAAGCUGUCAAUACAGGAGGUAUCUAUUACUGCACCACCACCCCCAGACCUGAAGAAAGAAGAGGAGAAACAGAGAAAGGCUCAGGAGCUGCUGCACAGGAUUCACAUAAAUAAGCAAAAAUGCAUGCAACAACAUUUCUCUGCGUGGCUGAAAGUCAUUCUGGAGCACAAAAUUAAAAUGGGAAAAGCCAGAGUCCUUGCUGACUGGAAAUGCCAACUGAAGGCCCUGCGAGCCUGGAGAAACUAUACUUGGGCCCAGAAAGUAAAUCAGGAGACACAGCAAUUGGAAGUUCAUCUCCAAGAUCAAAACAGGAAAACACAACUGUCUGCGGAGCAUAACCGGCAACGGCUUUUGCGCCGCUGCUUUCUGGCAUGGCAGCACUGGAGCCAAGCAGAGACAGAGAAGCGAGAGCUGCAACUCAAGAGGGAGGAGACAAAGAGAAAAAUGGCACUGCUGCUGGAGGCAGUGUCACUGGGGAAGGGUGGUCCGGACAGGCCACUGGAGGGUAACAAGCCUGGAUCAGAAGAAGUAAACCAUCAGGACUUGCCACAAGACAAGCCAACUGAAAUUUGCCUCAUACAGGAAGAACCUGACCAGAACAGAGACCACUCAUGUUGGGAUGCUGCUCACACAUUUAAUUCCUACCGAAAAGAAACCAAAUUUGCCUGGGAGAUUACCCUAAAAUACACGGCCUCAGGUGCCCAGGAUCAGGCUGUGUACAGGAAUCAAAUAUCCGCUCCUCCCCAGCAGUCUCAGGCACCCGGUCCGAAGACAACUCCUGCUUAUAGUAGCCAUUUUGAGCACCAUUAUGCCUUCCAGCAACAUCUGAUUGAGGAGCAAAGGCAGCAGCUUCAGAAACAACAAGAGCUGAUCCUCAAACUGCAGGAAAAUCAGAAGCUGAGCAGACCUAAAGAAGAGGCAGCACAAGACAAGGCUGUAACCCAGUCCCUUAACAACUCUGCUUCACAAACCAGGGAGGAAAACCAAUCCAGAUGCAAGAAUACAACCCAUCUGAGUCCAGCUGUUUCUCAUAGGCCAGAAAACACAAGGGCAGUGAUGCAAGGCAGGAGGCCAUCCAGGCAGCUGACCCCAGUUCAUCCCAUGCUGAAAGCUAUGGAAGAGAGAGCAACUCAGCGGGCAGAACGGAGGAAGAAACUGGAGGCAGCCAAGCAACAAAGAGAAGAGGAAAAAUUGGCCCAGCUGAAGGCUGAAGAGGAAGCACGACAGAGGAAGGAGGCUGAAGAAAAGAAAGCUCAGCUGGAAAAACGACGGGAGGAACGAAGGCAGCAGAAGCUGAAAGAGAUGGAGAAGCAGAGGAGGCUGGAGAAAGAGCAGCAGCUCCAGAAAAAGGCCAGAGAUCACUAUGAGAAGGUACUGCUCAGAAAGCUGGGAAUGGUGCCAUGGAAAAGGCUGAUGGAGCAAGCCAAGGAAAACCUUGUGGUGGCACAAAGGCACCACUGCUUGGGCCUGCAAAGGAAAUGCCUGAUGACUUGGCUCCAGGACUCCCGGGAGAGCCUCAUGGAGAAGGUGUCCUGUGCUGAAGACUUCUAUUCCCAUACAUUGCUGAGAUGGGGCUUCAGGAACUGGCUAAAGUACAGGGAUUAUCUCUCCACUCUAGAGGAGAGAGCGACUGUUCUCCAUGCAGCUUGCCUCAUGAGGAAGUAUUUCUGGGCAUGGUUUGAUCUGGUCAUGGAGGAAAAGAAUAUCUUUUGGGAGAAGCUGAAUAUCGCUACUGAACACAGUAACAAGAGACUCAUGCUGAAUGCAUUCAAGGCAUGGAAGCAGUACCCAUUACUAAUGAAAAAGGAAAGAGAGAGAGAGGAAAGGAGAAACCAGCUACGCAGCACGGUAGCUGAAAUUCUCCCCGACUUCCAAGCAUGACAGAAGAAUCAAAGGAGACCAUGAAGAGGGGCAAAGAGACUGACUCUGUUCAGUGCUAUCUUCCUACUGACUAAAACAAAUCCAAGGGGAAGUUCUGUCCAGUGCAAAGAAUCUUACAGCCAAAGGAAGUUCACUUUGGGUCACCACUGUCAUAAGCUAAGUGCAUAUGGAAACUUAUCCAAUGGUUUCACUUUGCAUUUCAGCGGCCUUCCCCACAAGGUUCUCCUCAUUGGGGAGUAUCUGUAGGGGUAUCCUGGCUGGUAGCAGCAAGGCCGAGGUAACCAAGGCCUGGCAUAGGGCGUUUCAGGCCAAGACCAUUUCCACAUGCAGAGCUGCAGCACUGAUAUGGAUCCUUCUCCAUCAUAGGGAGCGCAGUACUAAACUGCACCUAUUUUUCCUGAAGCACUUGCCAGGUGCAUUUCUAUUGCCAGCUCUCUGUAGGGUGACACAGCUUGAUCAGAGAGCGAACAGACCUGACUGUCAGCUGACCCCUAACCACUACUGUGAACUUGGCCACCCGGAGAAGUUUCUAGCUAGCUGUGCCAGGAAACUUUGGAUGGGAGGAGGAGAGGGAAAAACUAUGCAGAUCAUAUUUGCUAAUGAUCCAGUUCACUGCAUCCCAUAUGGACAAUCUAAAACCUGGAUGAUUUUUCAACAGACCACCUAGUUCACAGCACUGGACAGCUCACAAGCACAAUGCUUUGAUUUUGGUGGCAAGCGGCAAUUCAAGUUUAUC